GGCGGCCCGGCGGGCUGCGGUGCUGUGGCGCGGGACGCGGCGGACACCAGCCGCCGCGAUGUGGAGCGGCCUGCCGCAGCCGGACGAGGGCCUCCCCCCACCCCUUGCGGCUAUCCCGGGGCCCUGGAAGGGUGUGGACCCCUGCAGAGGCCGCAGGGAGGCCCCUGCACCUCAGGUCCAGGCUGCAGAGGGUGGGGAGACCCCGGAGGAAGAGGCUCCCACCCAGCUGGACGUGUCGCGCCUGCGCAGCUCCUCCAUGGAGAUUCGCGAGAAGGGCUCCGAGUUCCUGCGGGAGGAGCUGAGGAGAGCCCAGAAGGAGCUGAAGUUGAAAGAUGCGGAGUGCGCGCGGCUGUGUCGCGUGCGGGAGCAGCUGGAGCGCGAGCUGGAGGAGCUGACCGCCAGCCUGUUCGAGGAGGCCCACAAGAUGGUGCGGGAGGCCAACACGAAGCAGGCGGCCUCCGAGAAGCAGCUGAAGGAGGCCUGGGGCAAGAUCGAUAUGCUCCAGGCGGAAGUAACCGCUCUGAAGACCCUGGUCAUCACGUCCACCCCAGCCUCCCCCAACCGCGAGCUCCACCCACAGCUGCUGAGCCCCAACAGGGCUGGGCUCCGCAAGGGACACUCACGGCCCAAGAGUACCAGCAGCGCCCUGUGCCCUGCCGUCUGCCCCUUGGCUGGGCAGGGCCUGGUGCAGGGUCAGGAGGGCAGGGAGCCUGGCCUCGCCCCCCUUCUCUCCCUGCUCCUCUGCGUGCUCCCCAGCAAGGCUGCCCACCUCACCUACGAGCCGGCCUGGCCACCCCCACCUGGGGAGCCCGAGCCUGCUGCCACCGCCUGUCUCCCCUUUGCACGGCAGAUGGAUACAACGCUGUUUGCAGAGUUCCAGGCCUGGAGGGCAGCACCCACACUGGACAAGGCCUGUCCCUUCCUGGACAGGGUCUACCGCGAGGAUGUGGGCCCCUGCCUGGACUUCACCAUGCGCGAGCUCUCUGCGCUGGUUCGGGGUGCCGUGGAAGACAACACACUCACCAUCGAGCCUGUGGCUUCCCACACACAGCCUACCUCAAAGGCUGCUGCCGCGGAGUGUGGCCACACCAGCACUUGUGCCCUGAGUGGGCUGAGCAGCCCCUGCCGCCACCGCAUCCGGCUCGGGGACUCGGAGAGCCACUACUACAUCUCACCGUCCUCUCGGGCCAGGAUCACAGCAGUGUGCAAUUUCUUCACCUACAUCCGCUACAUCCAGCAGGGCCUCGUGCGGCAGGACGUGGAGCCAAUGUUCUGGGAGGUCAUGAGGUUGCGGAAGGAGAUGUCGCUGGCCAAGCUGGGUUUCUGCCCCCAGGAGGCCUAGGCUGCGGCUGGACCAGAGCAACACCUGCCUCAGGACACAGAUGGACAGAUGGCCCGGAUCUGGAGCCACAGGGAGGGACCAGCUUGUGCCCCGAUGG